AUGGAUAACGCUGAACCCAGUACAUCUGACGGUCGAAAAGGACGAAAUAAGCGUAAAAGAGAUAAUGCAGGUGCGGGCUAUUGUGGGCUGACCCCGGAGGAAGUCCGAAAUCUUUCACAAUAUCUUAUGAGCUCCGAUGAGGAUGAGCCCGAAGAUCCCUUUGCUGACAGUGGAUGCGAGUUUAUUCCCAGCUCGGAAGGUGAAUCUUCAGAGGACGACUACUUGCAAGUGUCUGAAGGUGAAGACAACAAGCAUGAUUCAUCUCAAACGCCGGUCUUGGAACCUGAGACAGCAAUGGACGAGAGAAUGGAUAUUAUUAGAGAACGUACGAGGUUAGAAAUAAAAUGGAUGGACAAAGAGUUUAUUCCGCAAGUUUUUGCAUUUGAUAGUACUAAUAGCGGAUUAAGAAAUGUUAGUUUAAAUGAUCAAAGCAGUGAAGUAGAUUUCUUUUUGAGUCUUUUAUCUGAAAAUAUUAUGAACGUCAUUGCCAUCGAAACAAAUAGGUUUCAAAAAACAGCUUCGAGAUCUGUUCACCUGGAUCUUGGAAAUAAAAGACUCGCACAAAGACAUUUUCCCGAUCUGGUUACAGUCAAGGAAGGCAUCAAAUCGGCCUACAGGAGAUGCUAUGUAUGUUCCCACAGCAAACAAAAACCUAAGAAAAGAAAAGAAACCAAAUAUAUGUAGCGUACAACUCGAACUGCUUUAAGCAAAGUGAAAGAGUGUGGAAUCUUGGAAGCAGAUAAAAGGGGAGGAAGGCAGAGAAAAGAUGAUGAGAAAAAACGAGAGGAAUUCAUAAGAAAGGAUAUAAGUGAGCAUAUUGAUAGAUUCCCCAGAGUAGAAUCUCAUUAUUGCCGUGCUAGCACUACCAAAAUGUACUUACACCCAGAUUUGAAUUUAAGAAAAAUGCAUUAUUUAGAUGAAUUAGAGAAAGUUGGAAGAGUGGAAAAACCAAGUUUUCAUACCUAUAGAAGAGUAUUUAAGGCCAAAAACUUAUCUUUUCAUUCACCAAAAAAAGAUCAAUGUUCCCUUUGCGUGUCUUAUAGGGAAGGCAACGAUACCGUUAAACAUAAAUUAAAAGCUCGAUACGAUCUUCAUAUUGCCGAAAAGACGGUUGCUACGGCCAAAACAAGAAUCGUCGCUUCCAUGCUGCUCCAUUCCAUAAGCAAAUUUCCCACUAUAGAAGAAAUCUCUUUACGUUUUUUUGAAACGAACCAUGGUCAGAGCGAAGGGGACUCCGCUCAUAGUGCUAUCAGCAGAGCUAUUUCUAAAGCUGGUAAUGUAUUUUUGCCUUCUCAGCUAUAUCCAAUAAUAAGUCUGGCACGAAGAAACAGCCCUUAUAAGGUUGUUCCAAUGAAGUUCAGCGACUUUAAAGAUUAUAAGUCGUUAUCAAAAGAUCUUAGAAUCCUGAGUAUUAGAAUCAGCGAAAGUGGCAAGAACGUUAAGUGGACCGAUGUAAUGGAAGUGUUAGUUACACAAGCUUCCUCGCUAAAAAUAUUUUUCAAAAACAGCCAUUUAGAGCCCGAAUACGACUGUAUAGUUCUAAAACGUCUAAACAUUGAUCUCUCAAAAUUAGAACUACCCGAACUGAACAAGGAACAACCAAAGAUAUCUUGUAAAAAAUAUAAAGACUUGGUUUCCUGGUGUCAAGGAGAAACUCCCGUAAUUCGUUUACCGGAACAUCAACAGUUUUUCCUUACUCUUCCCCAUAGUGACGAAUUGGCAUAA